GUCCAUCCAUAAGCGUCCGGUGGCGGGUAAUGCAGACAUCAGCUUCCCUAUGAAGGGCUGGAAGGGGAUGAUGGACUGGGCCCGCAGCUCUGAGGACAGAGUUACUGUCUCCAAGAACAUCCUCUCCACAGGAAAGCCAGAUACAGAUGACUUGUCAGCGUUUGUCACCGGGAUCGUUCUCUACAGAAACCUGGGCAGCAUCCUAUCUAUACAGAGAAACAGCACGGUGCUCAACUCCAAGGUGGUGUCUGUGACCAUCAAGCCCACCCCAGGAUCCCUCUCUACCCCGGUGGAGGUCCAGUUCUCACACCUUUACAACGGCACCACAAACCAGACCUGCAUCUCCUGGGACGAGAGUGACAGCUCUUCGCUGCUCGGAUCGUGGUCUGCCAGGGGCUGCAGAGCCGUGCCUGUCGACUCAUUGAGAACCAAAUGCGUGUGUGACAGACUCUCUACCUUCGCCAUUUUAGCCCGGCUAAAUCCUGACAUGAACAUGGAUAAAAUGCAGCUUCCCUCUGUGACGCUGAUGGUGGGCUGUGGAGUCUCCUCUCUCACCUUGCUGCUCCUCAUCAUCAUCUAUGUGUCGGUCUGGAGGUACAUUCGCUCCGAGCGCUCUGUCAUCCUCAUCAACUUCUGCCUCUCCAUCAUCUCCUCCAACGCCCUCAUCCUCAUUGGUCAGACACAGACACGGAACAAGGUGAUCUGCACYCUGGUCGCUGCUUUCCUGCAUUUCUUCUUCCUGUCGUCGUUCUGUUGGGUUCUGACAGAGGCGUGGCAGUCGUACAUGGCCGUGACUGGCCGGCUGAGGAACCGCAUCAUCCGCAAGCGAUUCCUGUGUCUGGGCUGGGGUCUACCUGCUCUGGUUGUGGCAGUCUCUGUGGGUUUCACCAAAGCUAAGGGAUAUGGCACCGUCAACUACUGCUGGCUGUCUCUGGAAGGUGGUCUGCUUUAUGCGUUCGUGGGACCGGCUGCCGCUGUAGUUUUGGUUAACAUGGUUAUCGGGAUUCUCGUAUUUAACAAACUGGUGUCCCAAAGGACGGCCAUUACUGAUAUGAAACUGAAGGAGAGGGCAGGUCAGAUGACAGUACCACUGUACAAUAUGACGCUCAAAUGUGCCAAGUGCGGAGUUAUCUCGUCGGCUGACGUUUCUACCACAGCUACCAGUAACGCCAUGGCGUCGCUGUGGAGCUCCUGUGUUCUGCCUCUCCUGGCCCUCACCUGGAUGUCUGGUCUGGCCAUCACCGACCGACGCUCCUCCCUCUUCCAGAUCCUGUUCGCUGUGUUUGAUUCGCUGGAAGGCUUCGUCAUCGUCAUGGUGCAUUGCAUCCUGCGCAGAGAGGUUCAAGAGGCAGUGAAGUGUCGGGUAGUGGACCGCCAGGAGGACGGGAAUGGAGACUCAGGGGGAUCUUUCCAGAACGGACACGCUCAGCUUAUGACUGAUUUCGAGAAAGACUCGACAUGGCUUGCAGAGGAG